AUGUCCGGCCUCGAUUGGGACUCUAAGACCGUCAUCGGCAGCAAGGCAAAGGUCGCCAAAGUCACGCGAACCACCUCGGAUUUGAACGCUGCCCGGAGAGUGGGCGCGGUCGUCGCUACCGACAAGAAGAGCACGUUGGGCAAUAAGGUGCCCAGCGUCGACCACCAGAAGAUCGCUAAGCUCGACCGGGAGAACGAGGUCGCGCCGCCGCCGAAGGUCGCUCCGAGUGUUGGCAAGGCCAUUCAGCAGGGACGGAUGGACAAGUCGCUCUCGCAGAAAGAUCUUGCGCAGAAGAUCAACGAGAAGCCGUCCGUCGUGCAGGACUACGAGGCUGGCAAGGCGAUACCCAGCAACCAGGUCCUUGCUAAGCUUGAGCGGGCGUUGGGCGUCAAACUACGGGGUGCGGACAUUGGGAAGAAGCUGGAGGGACCGAAGAAGUCGUAA